AUGGGCGUAUUUGAAGAACAGUUUGGCGAUGACGAGAAGUCGUAUAGCGAUUUAACCUGGUAUGUCAAAGCAAUUGAAGAAACUAAUCCUGAUAGCUAUGUGAAUUUUGAAGUUGAUCAUGGAACCAUAAGAUUUCAGAGAAUCUUCAUUUGUUUCGGUGCUUGCAAGCAUAGCUAUAGGCAUCUCAGGCCCAUGAUUUACUUGGACGCUACAUUUCUUACUGGUAGAUCCAGGGGUGAUGCGAAUUCGAAGGUUUUUAUUGAUUUGUUUUACAAAGCUGCUUACUCUUACACAUCAGCUAACUUUGAAGAAGCUUUGCGUGGCAUGCAUGUAAUUGGAUGUGGACAUGUUGCUAACUAUAUCAUGACUAUUCCAAAGGAGAAAUGGGAAAAUGCAUUUUUCCUUGUGUGCAGAUAUAAUGCUCACUCUUCAACUCUUUCCGAGUCGUUCAACAACUGGAUUCUUGAUUUCAAAAAGUUGCCUGAUUUUUCUCUUCUCGAUGCGAUACGUUUGAAGGUUAUGAAGAUGAAUUCUACGAGAUGGGUAGAAGGUCUAGAAACUUUCAACACUAGGCUCACUUCCACAUUUGAGGUUUCACUAAAGGAAAACAUCGACAUUGGUCAUACUUGGAUUGUUACUGAGUCCAUGGAAAGAUCGUAUGAAGUCGCAUCUCCCCGGUAUCAUUAUGUAGAUCUAUUGCAGCAAACUUGUACAUGUCACAGGUGGCGAGUUAAUGGUUUUCUUUGUGCACAUGCUUGUGAUUCCAUUCAAGCUACGAGGGAGAACAUAUAUUCAUUUGUUGAGCCAUACUUCACCACUGAAGGGUACAACGGGACAUACCAGGAGAUCAUCUUUCUAAUCCCCAAUUAUGACAAGCCGCGGGCUUAUGAUCCUAGUGAUAAGGUUAUUUUUCCUAUUCUUGUUCCUCCACCUGGUAGACGAAGAACACAACAUAUGAAGAAUGCUUGGGAGAAGCAAAAUAGGCCUAUGAUGUAUACAAAGUGCUUCACCCUUGGUCACCACAACAGAGCUACCCGCCCCAUGCUUUGA